GGACAUUUUCGAUUCUCCACCCUGCCACCGUUCCCUUUUGGCACAGCCUCUAGACGGCUCGUCACACGGACGAUCCGGGGAAUUGUCUUUUUAUUCUCCAGAGGUUUUUAUUCUUACCUCCGCUCCCUUCCGCGAUUCCUCGCUGAUUUCGCGUGCGACUGAGCGGACUGUCUACAGCCCGAUUCUCUGCAACGACGAUCCUCUUCGCAUUGAUUGUCGUCCAAGAUCCAGCUCCUCGAUUUCCUUCACCCGUUGCGGAGUCUUACUGUCCCUCUCCAACCAUGCCGCAAGCUUCUUUUUCAAUCCUUUUCGUUUGGUCUGAAACAUCCGCUGUUUGACUUGGAUUUGCGAUUUACCUCCGUCCUUACAUUCUUUCGUGGACAUUCCCUUUAGCUCAGGGCACUUGGAUUUUCGACUCGUCUACUGUACUCGUUAAACAAGCUGGACUUUGUGAAACCGAAUAGCAAAAUGGCUAGCUUGACAGAUAAUGCAAGCGGUGCGAAGCUGUCAUUUGCACAGAUUACAGCUACCACUUCUGCAAAUUCUUCGCCGCCUGAUGUCAGCAAAAGCAUGCCUGUCCCACCACAUUCUCUGGCCCCCAUGAAUAGGCCCGCGGAGGUCUCGAUACAGGCGAAUCCUGAUCGCUCCAAGAGGGUAAAUCCGGAUGAUCUCGAGGGCGUCACCGAAGACCUUAAUGCCGUUCAAAUUAAGAGCCAAUUUGAUAGUGCGCAUCCGAGAAAUAUCGAGAAGCCACAUACUCCCAUUGUAUCCUCAGUCCAAGAGGACGAUCAAAUACAUACUUCUGCGUCGGAUGUCUCGACUAAGGCACCCAGUCUCGAUGGCAAGAGCGUAGCUUCUGUGACGACGUUUGCUAUGGACGAAAGAGAGUCACUUCGUCCGGACGACAGUGCCAGCGUGAAAGCCGCUGAAGAUGACGAAACAUAUUCCGGCCUUGGCUCCGGUGCCAAUGGUUCAAGGUUGGGUUCAGAUAACGGUGGUCGGCCUUUCCGAGACCAAUUUCAUGAGAUCUCCGAGCGCAUGGGUCCCUCUCCCCAUCGAGGAAUAAUUGCAGCCCGCUUCAAUCUUCCCAACUUCCCGCCUGCAGGACCCCAGGCUCUAGCGACUCCUCCUUCCUCUAAGAGUGCUGCGGAGGGACAGUCUUUGCCCGGCCAUGUGCCUCUGGAAGGCCCAGGUGCUGCUUACUUCUCAAAACAGGCCCCAGACGAGAAAUUGCUGGAAGCUCUGGAAUCACCAAAGGAUCGUUUAUUUCUUCUUCGUUUGGAGCAGGAUGUCAUAUCCUUCGUAAAAGACUCAAAAGAACCCACGCUCGAUUUACCCCCGUGCAAUUCCUUCUACCGUCUUCUAUCCCAUAAACUUGCCGAUUAUUAUUUCCUCACACAUUUUGUGGAUAAUACGAUUAGCGCUGUUCGGCUUUACAGAACGCCAUUCUGUAGACUUCCUCCACCUUUGACUGGAAUUUCUAACCCUCCAACUUCGACAAAUACACCACCACCUAAUACGCCACCCGUCAAAAUAAUGCGACGAGGGGAGGAAGACCCGAAUAAGCUCAACUCUGCGGGAGACUCUGUGCAGAGCUCCAAAGACGCCUCAAAAGCUGUCUCGGAAGCUGGAGGCGCAAGUGGAACUGAAGGUUCCCCUGAAGGAACCAAGUCACCGGGUGGAUCGAUUCCCGCCAAAGAUAAAGCAUCAAUGUCUCGUGAAGAGCGAGAAGCAAAAUACAAAGAGGCACGGGAUCGAAUUUUCAAAGGCUUCGAAGGCUCUGAGAGCGGCGAAACGAGCAAUGGCAGGGACGACUCAAAAGGUGUCUCUCGAUCGAGUUCUGCAGCAGGUAAAAGAAAACCCAGGAAAGCAAGAGAGGCCGCGGACGAUGGAUUUGAGGCCAGAUCGCAGUACAAUGUGUAUUAUCCUUCCCCAUAUGGCAUGUCGCCGUACCCUGGAAGCAACUCUCGAGGAUCCUUUCAGCCACCCUUUGCGGUCUCUUCCCAGGCUCCCGUCAACCCAGCACAGGGAAUAAUGAGCCCCGCGUAUGGUCAAACAACUCCCUCUGAUGUUCAGUAUCAAAACGCGAACCAGCAAUCCUUUUCAGGACUGCCGGCCGCAUCCUUCAAUCAGAGUCUUCACCAGACACCUCCGAUGGGCUAUUCUCAACCGGUUGGUUCUCAGCGGCCACUUCUACCCCAAGCCUCGAACCCACAACAGUACCCAACGUUCAGUCCGCCAUCAAUCAACGCAUUUCCAUCAGGGGACCGGCCGCCAUCCCACCACGGCCCACAACCAUGGGGUCAAUCAUACUACCCCAGCGGAUUUCAAGCGCAGUCACCUCAAUUUUCGCCCCAAAGGCUACCCCACGAAACACCUCCUUUCCCGUCCGGCGCUCCUUCCGGUCCUUGGGGAUUUGGACGCUAUAAUCCUGGACCAUAUGGUUCUGGAUCUCAGCAAAACCCACAACAACCUCCGCUGCCGCACCAUCCUAUGCCUGGUAGCUACAACCGCGCGUCCUUUAAUCCGCAGACACAGUCCUUCAUUCCUGGAAACUCUUUUGCUCCAGGAUCACCUGCUGGUAUGGACGCUCGUCCAUUUCCUGGGAACCCCAAUUUCUCUCCCAUGAACGUUUUGAGCAACCGCCAGGACGCAAUGGGGAACGAGAGACCCAGCUAUAAUCAGUUCACUGGGCCUAGGUACGGCCCUCAAACUCCGCUUCAAGGUAUCAAUGGAAUUCCUACGGGGCCCAUACAGCAUUUUGGCUCCCCUGGAAGCCAGGCGAGGUUCAUCAAGCCGCAACAACCUCCCAAUUCGAUCUCAAAAUGGGGCUCGCCCUCUCAUCUUCCAUCCAAGCCACCUGUGUCUCAAUUCUCAAAUUUUAUGGACAGUCAGCGCCCGUUUCAAAACCAGCCAUACCCUGGCAUGGGACGUGGUGGGCCUAGCCCAAGCAUGUCUUAUAGUGCACCCAAGCCCUACGGUGCCAUGCAACCGAUCGGUCCUCUCAACGCUGGCGUGAACUUGCCACAACAGCCGGGAGCGUGAAGUAAACAUGGGCAAGGACAUAGAGGACGCUUCCCUCACGAAAAAAAAUCAUCUUUGAACGCUUUUUCUAAUAAGUCAGUAUCAGAGCGCCUUACAAGCGGCUCAUCUUGCAUGUUGUGGACGGCGCGAACCUUUCCUCAUUUUCUGAAUUCUUUUGAUACUUGCAUUACGCCUCUUGUCAUGUUGUAAGCCUCAAGCGCUGUUCGACAGCACACUGCGUGUUCUUUUCUCAUAUUAGAUGCAAUAUGCGGCAUUGACCUCGGUGCCUGAGGACUUGAAAAUGGGACA